AUGCUGGCCGAGCGCGCCCGCUCUGUCGCGCUCCUGGCCUGCAUCGCCGCGGCGCACAGCCUCCUCGGCGCCGACCUCGGGGGCGGCCGCCUUCCGCGCCCGCUCUCGGCGCGCCGCCGCCUCCUCCGGCUGCUCCCUCUGCGUGCAGCCGCCGCCGAGGACGCUUCACGGCCGGCCUCCGCUGCCGCCGCCGAGGACGCUGCCGCUCUGGCCGCACCCACCGGCGCUGCCAGCCCCGCCGACUCGCAUGGGAACGCGUCCGUCGCCGAGCUGUGGUGCGCCACCGAUGCGCGCGGCCGCGAGUGGUGUGCCGUCGGCACGAACCGGUCGCGUGCGGCCGAGUGGCUCGCGCACGAGCUUGGCGCGCCGGUCGAGCUGGCCGGGGUGGCGGAGUGCGCGCCUCUGGCCGCACGGCGCACGCACCGCCGGCUGCGCCGCGCGUGGCGAGGCGGGCGGCUGCUGCUCUGCGGCUCAUCGCUGGGCGAGCUGCUCGAGGAGGGCGCCGGCGCCUCGCCCGAGCGCUCCUUCCGCCGCUCGCUCGGCGGGCUGGCGGUGCGGGCGCGCCGCAUGUCUCCCGCCCGGCACGAGGCGGCGGCGCUGCGUGGCUACCUCGAGAGGCACUUUCUGCCCUCCCAUCCCGCCCUCUCGCUCUCCGACCUCUCGCCCGCCGCCGCCGCCGCCGACCCGGCUCGGUCGGAGGAGGGGAUCCGGGCGAUGCUGCGCUGGUUCAAGGAGGCCUUCCCGUACGAGAGAGGCACGUGCGCCUCCUGCGGCGCCUCCGCCGGCUACCGCGGCACCGUGCGCGCCUCGAGGCGCGAGAGGGGCCGGCUCGCCGCGAGGGCGGAGCUGUGGCGCUGCGGCGAGUGCUCGAGCUGGCAGCGGUUCGCGCGGUACAACUCCGUGCCGCAGAUCCUCCGCGACCGGCGCGGGCGGCGGGCCCGCUGGGUGGUGGACUGGACCGACCACCAGUGGCUCGAGAUUUGGAUGCCGGCGGGCGGCGAGGCUGGCGGAGCGUGGGUCCCGCUAGACCCAUGCGAGGCCGCGUAUGACGAGCCGCUGCUCUAUUCGGCCGGAUGGGGAAAGAACAUGACUUACGUCGUCGCCUUGGGGGACGGCGCCCUCACGGACGUCACCGCGCGCUACACGGCCGACUACAACGCGACGCUGCGCGAUCGGCCGCUGAGCGAGGCACAGGUGGCUAGCGCCCUCAGAUGGAUCGCCCACACCAAGGGGGCGCCGCGGCUGCAGCCGGCACCCUGGCGCUGA